AUGAAUUCUCUGUUCAAUUCCGCCUUGAAGCAGUCCUCUGCUAUACGGCGCGACCUUGACAUUUUCGCAGAAUCUCCUGCGACGACCUCCGCAGCUCUUCAAGGACAAAUAUCAGCAUCUCUAGCGUCCUUCUCACGAACCAUCGAUGACUAUUCGGCGCUGUCAAAACGAGAACUCAUUCCGGAAAAGCAAGAAAAAGCUUUCGAGCGAGUGAAGAACUUUCGGACGGCCCUUGCGGAUUAUAGACAACAGUUUGAACGGUUACGGAAAGAGCGAGAAGAAGCUCAAUCGGUAUCGAAUCGCAAUGAGCUCCUCGGUCGUCGCCCACAUCAUGCUGCCACCCCUGAGAACCCCUACGCAGAUUCUUCUCUACCUCGAACCUCUGCGUUCGCCAACUCGAGUUCUACUUCGGGCUCGGGGUUAAGCUUUGGUGCCUCGCCUGCAAACUAUACCCGUGAAGCCCACGCCCUUCGGGAGCAAUCAUUUAUCGCCAGCACCAACGCCCAGCUCGACGAGUUUCUCGACCGCGGUCGGGCUGUACUGGCCGAUCUCAGCCAACAGCGUGAAAUAUUGAAAAACACGCAACGUCGAUUGUACAGCGUCGCGAACACGCUGGGAAUCAGUGGCGAUACAAUUCGGAUGGUGGAGCGCAGGGCAAAACAGGACAAAUGGAUCUUCUGGGGUGGUGUUGUGGUGUUUUUCCUGUUCUGCUGGGCCGUUCUUCACUUCCUAAGGUGA